AUGCUCAUCGACGGUGAAAAGUGGGCUUGUGAAGCUUGCGUCCGCGGACACCGUGUGACGACUUGUAAACAUCAUGAUCGACCGCUAAUCCGCAUCAACCGGAAAGGUCGACCCUUCUCCACCUGCUCCGUAUGCAAUAACACCCCCUGCCCAACACCAGAAGAGCAUACCAAGCUCAAACGCGAGGCCGAGGCCAAAUCCUCUUCAAAAGUACAAUGUGACCACGCACCACCACCUGAGACCCCUCUGAACCUAUAACCAAAGCAAAGA